AUGUCUGUGUCUCUCUGGUGCGAGGAGGUGGAGGUCGACCAGAUUCAGGACCAAGAACAGAGUGAAGCACAACUUCGAGCUGCCUGGGACCCCAGUGUGUCAGGGCAUCGAGUGAUCCAGAGGCUGCUUCACAUGGAGGAGAGGUACAUGCCCUCCAUGCUCUAUAUCACCCUCAUCCAGCGGGAUCCAGAGCGCAGGGAGGAGCUCGCCAAAUGGGCCCUGGAGGUGUGUUGUGACUGUGGUUGUGAUGAGGCGGUCUUCCCCCUGUCUGUCUCUCUGAUGGACAGGUUCCUGUCUGUGUCUCUGUCUGUACCUGUUUCACUGUACUGCCUGGCUGCUGGCUGCAUCCUGAUUGCCUCAAAACUCUCAGAGUGUGACACAGUUACUGCCGACACCCUCUGUGCAGCAGCUGAAUACAGCUUCCAGCCUUCAAACCUGAGGGAAAUGGAGCGUGUCAUUCUUGCCACCCUUCAAUGGGACACGGCAGGAGUGACUCCCCAGGAUUUCCUCCCACAUUUUCUUGCCACUCUGGAUGAGAGAAAAGACUCGGAGCAGGGGCUACUGUCCACACUGAGGCGGCACAGUGACACGCUGGCAGCCAUGUGCAUCUGUGACAUUCGUUUUUUGGGAGCUCCACCUUCACUUGUUGCUGCAGCAUCACUGAACUGUGCCCUACAAGGGUUGGGCAACAAGGCGCCCUCUCAGCUUGCUCUCAUGACCGAAGUACUUGCACAGCUGUGCCAAACAGAUGUGGCAGUGCUGCAGUGCUACAGUGAGAUGGUUGAAUAUGCCCUCAGACAGCGUCUGAGGAGUGGGCUGCAGCAAGGGCCCACAGAGAAGGAGGAAGAAGUGGAGAACGAAAGGCCUGGAACACCAACUGACAUGAGAGAAAUUGAUUUCUAA